CCCCGCCUCCGUGCUGCCACCCGCAGCCACGAUGACGGCCCCCUUCGAGGUAGACCCGCACCGUCCAUCGCCCGCUAUCUCCGCGAUGGCAACGAUGGCCGGAGCGGGCGCGGCGAAUGUGUUAGAGACGAAAGGAGUCGACGUGGUCGCAAAAUCAGAGGCGUCUGCGCCUGCGCCCACGGAACCUACACGAGUAGCACCACCGACGCCGAAACCGAAACCGAGACGCAGGAUUCCACGCCCGAGUUUGCAGAAUCAGUAUAUCUACGCUCACCCGGCGCCGACGCUUAACUCUAUCCUCGCAGCUGAGGCAGCGCGACCUGUCACGGCCGCCGAAGCUGAGGAGGUGGAGAUCGAUUGGAGACUCGUCGCUGCUGCUGCGUCGAAACGAGGCCGCAAUCCGAGCGUGACGAGUAAUGAAACCGCGCUCUUCACACCGGCGAUGAGCAUCACCUCGCUCGCGAGCACGCUCGUCGAUCGCGCGAGCGUGCACUCUUCUACUACUGCGGCGGGGUCCCAGUCGGCGGAUCGGUACGGGUGGGAGGAGAGCCUUAGUGCGAGGUCGAGCCUUGAAUUGGGGUCGAGGGCGAGUGAAGAGACGACGAGGGGUUUUAGUCUGGGUGAUGAUAUGAUGGCACCCCCGCCUGCAGCGGCGCAAGAGAGAGCCCAUGAGAGGGGCUUCAUGGGGAAGAAGGGGCUGUUGUGGAAGGUGCUCACUAUGAAUGCACGGGGAGUAUGAGAAGAGAAACUUCUUGUCCAUAUUUAUACGACGACAAGACCAGAGAAAUGUUUUGAAAAAUGAGGUCAAAUUGUAUGCACAGCGCGGAGCAUUUAUUUUUGGAAAUUUUUAGAGAUGGGGGCGUCAUUACGCGGAAAAGGGAUUAUGGAAUGGGAUAAGAGGGAAAAGGAGCGUUUUUUGGGGGGGGGAAUACUCUCAGCUUUUUUGGAACUACGAGGAUUUAUCAUACGAUGGCGUUUUUUUGGGCUUGGGAUGGGGGAAUUGAGCAUUUACAACGAUAGGGGGUGUCUGUUCUAGGACUGUGCAUAGGCUAUUGGAGUUUUUUUUUGUACUUGUGUGUGUGGUGGGCGAUUGGGAUGAGAUGGGGGAACGGGGGCAUUGAGCGUGUGAUGCUGUUUGUUUGGAUAUAUCCUAUAGAUGUUUUGGAGGGACGAUGAGAGAGUGGAGAUGGAGUGAUGGAUGAUAUAUAAUUAUACCCUCAACUACUUUACAAAC